AUGGCAUGUUGUGUACCUUUAUGUCCUUAUAAGGAUUUAAAAAUUAGUUUGUUUGGUGUUCCUAAAACUUCUCCUUUAAGGGAUGAGUGGGAAAAAGUUUUAGAUGUUAGUUUUAAAACUAACUCUAAAGUAUGCCGUUACCACUUCAAAAAAGAGGAUGUAGUUGAUACUUGGGAAUCUGGUGCAGGACUUAGCAAGUAUACAAUAUGUUUGAAAAAGCCCAGACUUGUUAAAGAUGCGAUUCCUAUUAGUUUGGAUUUGUUGUUUGCAGUAUCAAAUGUACAUGUACAAGAUGAUUUAAAUCUAACUGACAUAUCACAAAAAAGUAAUACCUCAACUUCUAGCUCAUCUGAAUCUACUGGCAUAUUGAUCACUAAUAUUAAAAAUGAGCACAGCUAUAGUGUAUCUGGUGAAUCACAGUUAAAUGAUGAUUUAUUUAUGUUACCAUCACCAAAAAGAUUGAAGAUGCAAAAAGCUUUAGAUUUCCAAAACCUGUUGUCUCAAAUUUACUUGUUAAAGCUCCCAGAGAAGUGGUAUUAUGAUGUUAGCCAGACUAAUACUAAAAUUAAAGUUUUGUGUUUCCAUAAAUUGGGACCAUACAGGAAUGAUUUCACUCGAGCUGUAGAAAAACAAUUUGUUUUUACUGAAGAUUUACAACUUAUACUAUAUGUAUAUAGUAAAAAAAUAGAAAUAACCGACAUAGGAUUCAUCUCUAAUUUUGAAGUUGAAACAUACGAAGAUUUACAAAAUGUAAUUGAUAAAUUAAAUGAAAUCAAAGUAUGUCACGGUUCUGUAUCUUCAAGCCAAUUUAAUGAUAUAAAGUCUUCAUACGGUUACCAGUUUGUUGAAACUUAUGGAGUAUGGAGACAUUUAAAGUGCUCUACAAUAUUAAAAGAUGACACUGUAAAUAGCAAUAUUUGUAUAUGGUGUAAACGCUUAUGUUAUAUAAUAAAAAAUAAGAGAUGGCGCAUGAAAAAUAAUCAAAAUACCCGCAUAUUUUUUUCUCCAAACAAGAAAAAAAAAUUAGUAAGGAUUCAAGAUGCUCAAACACUAAUGAAAAAGAAAUGUUCAAGAGCCAAAAAAAAAAUUAUUUAUCUUGAAAAUAGCCUUAAUGAAAUUAAAAAUAAAAUGAAACAAAUUUCUCAAUCAACACUUGAUGAUAUUUUAAAAGAUUCCAAUAUUUCAAACAGCCAAUCAGAUCUUAUUCAUGAAAUUUUCAGAGCAGCUAAAAUAAAAAAUCCAAAAAAUAGGCGGUACAGUGAAAAUUGGAUGUUACUAUGUAUGCUUUUACAGAUAAGAUCUCCUAGUGGUUAUUCAUUUUUGAGGAACAAUAAUAUACUACCACUGCCAUGUCCUAAUUCUAUUAGAGCACACUUACUAGCGGUGGAAAUAGGAUGUGGAUUCGAUAAAAAUUUUUUUAAACUUUUAAAAAAAAAAUUUAUGAACAAAUCAGAACAAGAAAAACAAGGUGUACUUGUGCUCGAUGAAGUGUUCUUGCGAGAAAGUGUAAGCGUUAAUAGCCGAACAUUAUCAUACAUAGGACUAGAAGACUAUGGAGGUGAAAUUAUAACUGAUAAUUCUCAAAAAGAAAAAGCUAACCAUGCAUUGGUUUACAUGUGGCAAAGUCUGGCUGACAAUUUAGUUCAACCAAUUGCUGUCUUUGUUACCAAAGGAACUGUUAAAGGUAUUGAUCUUGCUAAACUAACUAUUAGAGCUAUCAUGUUGAUGGAAAAUGCUGGUGGCCAAGUAGUUGGUCUUACAACGGAUGGUGCAAGUACAAAUAGAACAAUGUGGGGUCAUCUAGGGAUACACCCUUCAAACAAACCAAUAAAAUGGGAGUAUUAUUCUAAUAUUUUCAAGAUUGAAGCUAAUUCAAUUCUUAAAGUAUGUCCAAGGCUAACUAAGAAUCAUUUUGAGCUUAAUAAUCUAUCAAAAAUGAAGGUGAAAUAUGCAGCUCAGUUGUUUAGUAUGUCAGUAGCAAAUGGUAUGGAAUUUUAUAAGAAGAAAAAAAUUGAAGGUUUUAAGGACUGUGAAGAUACCAUUAAAUUUACUAUUAUGGUCAAUAAUAUGUUCGAUGCUCUCAAUAGAAAAUUCCCCGCUGAAGGAAUUAGAAAAAAUAGCAGAGACUUAGAGAUAUUUUUUGGAAUUGUACGACAAGUGGCUGGUCCAAACGACCAUCCUUCUUGUCCUUCUUUCCUCCAACUUUAUAGAAUGCUUUCAGUAUUUUCAUUGAUUAAGCCCCCUAAAAGCGGUAAUUGUAUGAUAUUUGAAGAUAAUGCUCCUAUAAUAACAAUAGCAGAUUUAAAACAGAUUUCUAAAGACCCUGCAAACACUUCAAUAAGAGAAGAAAAAAUUGAGAAGCUAAAAGAAAAAUUGAAUACUAUUUCAGAUGAAGGAUAUUGGGAUGUCGAUGAAAUUUUUCAAGAACACGAUUAUUCUGAUUCNUUAUGA